CUGCAUCCAAGCCAUACAUCACCAAGUGCAAUGCAAAGCGUCGGAUGCAGUGGUGUAAAGCACGCCGCCACUGGACUCUAGAGCAGUGGAGACGCGUUCUCUGGAGUGACGAAUCGCGCUUCUCCAUCUGGCAAUCUGAUGGACGAGUCUGGGUUUGGCGGUUGCCAGGAGAACGGUACUUUUCUGACUGCAUUGUGCCAAGUGUAAAGUUUGGUGGAGGGGGGAUUAUGGUGUGGGGUUGUUUUUCAGGAGCUGGGCUUGGCCCCUUAGUUCCAGUGAAAGGAACUCUGAAUGCUUCAGCAUACCAAGACAUUUUGGACAAUUCCAUGCUCCCAACGUUGUGGGAACAGUUUGGAGCUGGCCCCUUCCUCUUCCAACAUGACUGUGCACCAGUGACCAAAGCAAGGUCCAUAAAGACAUGGAUGACAGAGUCUGGUGUGGAUGAACUUGACUGGCCUGCACAGAGUCCUGACCUCAACCCCAUAGAACACCUUUGGGAUGAAUUAGAGCGGAGACUGAGAGCCAGGCCUUCUCGUCCAACAUCAGUGUGUGAUCUCACGAGAUCGACGUGUUCAGCACGCUCCUCUGAGAAGCAGAGAUGUCGCAAUCGAAAUAUUACCGACUCCGACACCGCAAGUCACGAGCGUGACGCCCAUCUUAAAAGCCUGCGACGCGCCCCGGCGAGCGAAGGGACUGAAAUUCGUCAGAAAGAGCCCAUCGAUAGUGAAGAGGUUGUUUACAAUCCGGCCAAAUCACCCAUGUGUUCGACCAGGGAAGCGGAGCGUGUGAUUAACGAGACUGAAUCGGAGAACACCCCCGAACCGAAUCAGGAAGUGGAGCGACGACGGAGAGAACGUGGACGUCCCGUUAGAGCACUGUUUAAGCACAGGUUUCCUCAGCGACGGUUUAACAGCGACGUCUCUAACAGGGAAGUGAGGCCCGAAUGGUUCCGACGGCUGAGAAUUCCGCAGCCUCUCUGCCAGCGUCGUGAUGGAGGAUUAUUGCGUCUCGCCGAAAUAACGAGCGACUUGAUUCGCGAUCUUAUUCGUGACUACACUGCCACGUUUUCUGACGAGUGUGAAAAGGUUUUGAGUGAAAUAUUUUGAAUGUAUGUUCGCCUCGGUAUAUAUUUUUGACGUUGUGAUUGCAAGGUUAUAGAUAGGGGGCAAUUAUAUAAUAAAAUUGUGCAUGAAAAAAUAAAAAAUCAUUUAACCCUGAGUUAUGACAUUUUAUUUAG